AUGCUUGAGCUGGUGAAGCGCAACCUGAUACUAAAAGUGAAAAAUUUGCAGGAAGCGAAACUGAUGAGAAGACUGAGCCAUCCGAAUAUUGUCAAUCUGCUGGGUGUUGCUCCACAAGAGGAUCCGGUGAUGAUCAUUCUUGAGCUUUGCCCGAAUGGAUCGUUGCAUAAGAAACUUAGAAACUCACCUGAGAUACCAGUGAAGAAGCUCGUUUCGUAUGCGACUGAUGCAGCACGCGGAAUGGUUUAUCUGUCUUUAAGAAAGAUAAUACAUCGCGAUAUAGCAGCCAGGAACUGCUUGAUCAGUAAAACGGAUGAAGUGAAAAUUAGCGAUUUUGGGCUCUCUGUGGCUGACAAAAAUGUGAUAAGCGUUGACAAAUUAAGGCAUAUGCCAGUACGUUGGCUCGCGCCCGAAACCCUACGUAAGGGAGAAUUCUCAACAAAAACAGACGUGUGGGCAUUUGGAGUUAUGCUAUGGGAAAUCUUUUCGCGUUGCAAGACCGAACCAUUUCCCGGACUGAGUAAUGCACAAGCCAGACUCAAGGUCUUUCGUUGUCAUAAAUUUUCCUAUAGACUGCUUGCUAGUAAUGUCGGAGCGUUAUCUUUUUAG